GGUACGGAGCUCCCUUAUAUCCACUAUCUUACAUGGGAUUUAGCGCCCUCCGAGAUCGCUUGUCCAUCCAGUCGGGAUCCGCACUUUUUUUCUCCUCUAAGUCGGAAAUUGAGUCGAGUUCGCGGUCGGUAAUAAUAGAUAGAUCUCCCAGCUUAGCUUGUAACUGACGCUACAAAGGCGAAUUGGGGCCGUUUUAUUAAUCAGGUCAUUGCCCGGCCCCGUCCCUUCUCUUUGGUAGGAAAUUGAGUCAAAGAAAGUAACAACUGGUUUUCAAUCGAAGAAGGCAUAUUAGACCAUCUCCCCUCUCACUCUCCUUCAUUUUCUUGCCUUCUUUUCUGUGUUGUGUACACCGACUCCAUUCGUAACUAGAGAGUAGCAUAUCAUACAACAUGCUUCGUCAACUACUCCCAAGAUGCGGGAGAGCUCUCCGAGCACCCAUUGCUGCUCGUUCAUCAUAUGCGCUACAGCAGACACAAAGAUGGUAUAGCAUUCAGCCCGAGGCGGCUUCGUCUGCGAAACCCAUAGACAUAGACCCCACGAAGUUGGCUAUUACCAAGACACAAUCGCCGAAGACACCCAAGGACCCCUCACAGCUUAUCUUCGGAAGGGAAUUCACAGACCAUAUGAUAACCAUCGAAUGGACCCAAUCCGACGGCUGGCUCGCGCCUCAAAUACAGCCAUACCAAAACCUCUCCCUCGACCCCGCAACCUGCGUAUUCCACUACGCCUUCGAAUGUUUCGAAGGCAUGAAAGCAUACCGGGAUUCACAAGGGCAAAUCCGUCUUUUCCGCCCCGACAAGAACAUGGAACGUCUCAACAAAUCCGCGGCCCGCAUCGCACUCCCCACCUUCUCAUCCACGGCAAUGAUCGAGUUACUCUCCAAAUUCGCCAAGCUCGAGGAACGCUUUAUUCCUAGCCAAAAGGGAUACUCAUUAUACCUCCGCCCAACUCUCAUCGGCACCCAGCGAACCCUGGGCCUAGGACCCCCGGGUUCCGCCCUACUUUUCGUAAUCGCAUCCCCGGUAGGCCCAUACUACCCCACCGGCUUCAAAGCAAUCUCGCUCGAAGCCACCAACCUAGCCGUGCGCGCAUGGCCCGGCGGUGUCGGCGACAAGAAACUCGGCGCCAACUACGCGCCAUGCAUCGUCCCACAGAUCGAAGCCGCGAAGCGUGGUUUCCAGCAAAACCUCUGGUUAUUCGGACCUGAAGAGUAUGUCACUGAGGUCGGUGCCAUGAACUUGUUUGUCGCUAUCAAGGAUAAAGAGACGGGUCAGAAGGAACUUAUUACUGCGCCCCUUGAUGGUACUAUUCUUGAGGGUGUAACACGAGACUCGGUGUUGAGUCUGGCGCGCGAGAAGUUGGCGCCUGAGGGCUGGUUGAUUUCGGAGCGCAAGAUUACUAUGCAACAAUUGUAUGACGCCUCGCUUGAGGGCCGAUUGAUUGAGGUUUUCGGCGCGGGCACUGCCGCCAUUGUGAGCCCCGUCCGCAAGAUUAGCUGGAAGGGCCAAUUGGUAGAUUGCGGAUUGAGCGAGAACGAGGAGUCGGGUGAGAUUGCUUCCAAGAUGAAGGACUGGAUUGAGGCAAGACAGUACGGAGACGAAGAACAUGAAUGGAGUCACCUUUGCUUAUAAGGGGAAUACUGGGGUGAAAUAGAGGCAGGAGGUUUAGCAUUUUCAAGCCACCGUGGUUCACAUAGAUGGCGUAUUGUAGUUAGAAAUGGCGUGGCGGCGUACUUACCUAGACCAUCAAAAAAUCAUUGAUUUUGAACAUAUAUCGAACAUGACAAUUUGAGACUUCCCA